UGCGGGAAAGAACCGGGAGCCAGCCGGAGCUGAAGCGAGGACUGGAGUGGCCCGCGGAUUCGCGCGGGGAACGCCCGGGCGCAGCUGAGCCGGGGACCGCGACUGGGCGGCCGACUGGCCCGGCCAGGCCUGGGGCGGAGGGAGUCGUCGCUCUACAGACGCGGAUGAGCGAGGCGCCGCGGCCUGAGGGAGAAUGAAAAGAGCAUGACUUUUGGAGGCAGAAGACUUAGUUUCAAGUCCCUGUUUCUUCACUUCCUAAUUUUGUGAUUUGAAAUUAAUGCAAGAUGUUGACAUUGCAAACUUGGAUAGUGCACGCAUUGUUUAUUUUCUUCACCACUGAAUCUGUAGGUGAACUUCUAGAGCCAUGUGGUUAUAUCAAACCGGAAUCUCCAGUUGUACAGCUUGGUUCUAAUUUCACUGCAGUCUGUGUGCUAAAAGAAAAAUGUAUGGAUUAUUUCCAUGUAAAUGCUAGUUACAUUUUCUGGAAAACAAACCAUCUGACUGUUCCUAAAGAACAAUAUGCCACCAUAAACAAAACAGCAUCUAGUAUCACAUUUACAGAUACAUCUUCAUUAAAUACUCAGCUGACUUGCAACAUUCGUACAUUUGGACAAAUUGAUCAGAAUGUUUAUGGAAUCAGAAUAAUUUCAGGCUUGCCUCCAGAAAAACCUAAAAAUUUGAGUUGCAUUGUGAAUGAAGGAAAGAAAAUGAUGUGUCAGUGGGAUCCUGGAAGGGAAACAUACCUGGAAACGAACUUCACUUUAAAAUCCGAAUGGGCAACAGAGAAGUUUGCUGAUUGUAAAACAAAACGUGACACCCCCACCUCAUGCACUGUUGAUUAUUCUCCUGUGUAUUUUGUCAACACUGAAGUCUGGGUAGAAGCAGAGAAUGCCCUUGGGAGAGUUACAUCAGAUCAUAUAAAUUUUGAUCCUGUAGAUAAAGUGAAGCCCAAUCCGCCACAUAAUUUAUCCGUAAGCAACUCAGAGGAACUGUCCAGUAUCUUAAAAUUGACAUGGAUCAACUCAAGUAUCCAGGAUUUUAUAAGACUGAAAUACAACAUUCAGUAUAGGACCAGAGAUGCCUCAGUUUGGAGCCAGAUUCCUCCUGAAGAUACAGCAUCCACUCGAUCUUCCUUCACUGUCCAGGACCUUAAACCUUUUACAGAAUAUGUAUUCAGGAUUCGUUGUAUGAAGGAAGAUGGUAAAGGCUUCUGGAGUGACUGGAGUGAAGAAGCAAGUGGUAUCACAUAUGAAGAUAGACCAUCCAAGGCACCAAGUUUCUGGUAUAAGAUAGAGCCAUCCCAUACUCAUGGCUAUAGAUCUGUACAACUCAUAUGGAAGACAUUGCCUCCUUUUGAAGCCAAUGGAAAAAUUUUGGAUUAUGAAGUGACUCUCACAAGAUGGAAAUCACGUUUACAGAAUUACACAGUUAAUGAAACCAAAUGGACAGUAAACAUCACAAAUGAUCGUUACAUAGCAACUCUCACAGCGAGGAAUCUGGUUGGCAAAUCAGAUGCAGCUGUUUUAACUAUCCCUGCUUAUGACUUUAAAGCUACUUGCCCUGUAAGGAAUCUUAAAGCAUUUCCCAAAGAUAAUAUGCUAUGGGUGGAAUGGACUGCUCCAAAUGAAUCUGUAAACAAAUACAUCCUUGAGUGGUGUGUAUUAUCAGAUAAAUCGCCCUGUAUCCCAGACUGGCAACAGGAGGAUGGAUUAGUACACCGCACCUAUUUAAGAGGGAACCUAGCAGAGAGCAAAUGUUACUUGAUAACAGUUAUUCCAGUAUUUGCUGAUGGACCAGGAAGCCCCGAGUCUAUAAAAGCAUACCUUAAACAAGCUCCACCUUCCAAAGGACCUACUGUUCGGACAAAAAAAGUGGGGAAAAAUGAAGCUGUCUUAGAGUGGGACCAACUUCCUGUUGAUGUUCAGAAUGGGUUUAUCCGAAAUUAUACUAUAUUUUAUAGAACCAUCAUUGGAAAUGAAACCGCUGUGAAUGUGGAUUCUUCUCACACAGAAUAUACAUUGUCCUCUUUGACCAGUGACACUUUGUACAUGGUACGAAUGGCAGCAUACACAGAUGAAGGUGGAAAGGAUGGCCCAGAAUUCACUUUUACUACACCAAAGUUUGCUCAAGGAGAAAUUGAAGCCAUAGUUGUGCCUGUUUGCUUAGCGUUCCUAUUGACAACCCUUUUGGGAGUACUGUUCUGCUUUAAUAAGCGAGACCUAAUUAAAAGGCAUAUCUGGCCUAAUGUUCCAGAUCCUUCAAAGAGUCAUAUUGCCCAGUGGUCACCUCAUACACCUCCUAGGCAUAAUUUUAAUUCAAAAGAUCAUAUGUAUUCAGAUGGCAAUUUCACUGAUGUAAGUGUUGUGGAAAUAGAAGCAGCAAAUGACAAAAAGCCUUUUCCAGAAGAUCUGAAAUCAAUGGACCUGUUCAAGAAGGAAAAAAUUAGUACUGAAGGACACAGCAGUGGUAUUGGAGGGUCUUCAUGCAUGUCCUCCUCUAGGCCAAGCAUUUCUAGCAGCGAUGAAAAUGAGUCUACACAAAACACUUCGGGCACCGUCCAGUAUUCCACAGUGGUGCACAGUGGCUACAGACACCAGGUUCCAUCGGUCCAAGUCUUCUCAAGAUCUGAGUCCACCCAGCCCUUGUUAGAUUCUGAGGAGCGGCCUGAAGAUCUACAACUGGUAGAUAACACAGAGGGCAGUGCUGGCAGUUUUCCCAGGCAACAGUAUUUCAAACAAAACUGCAGUCCGCGUGACACCAGCCCAGAUAUUUCACAUUUUGAAAGGUCAAAGCAAGUUUCAUCAGUCAAUGAAGAAGAUUUUGUGAGACUCAAACAGCAGAUAUCAGAUAUUUCACAGCCCUUUGAAGCUGGGCAAAUGAAAAUGUUUCACGAAAUUUCUGUAGCAGAUGCUUUUGGCCCACAUACUGAUGGACUGGUAGAGCGAUUAGAAACCGUGGGGAUGGAGGCUGCAAUUGAUGAAGGAAUGCCUAAAAGUUACCUACCACAGACUGUCCGACGAGGUGGCUACAUGCCUCAGUAAAGACUAGUCCUGACAACUUCAGCAGUACCUGUAAACUAAAGCUGAUUUUAUCUGUUACUUCAGGUAAAAAUAAUCUUCACUCACUGAAGAUGAUCAUUUGCCCUUGAGGACAACAACAAACUGUCCUCCCCCCUGGGCAGUUUCCCUUCCAGAAUAUCUGGGAUUCUUCUUCAAGCACUACAUAAACUGACUUCAUCCUCUGAAUAGCUGAAUGAUACUGUGCUGUAUCAGGAUGUUUGCACUGAAGAAAAACAAAGCUUGUCUCAACUUUGCAAAUUAAAACUUUGUUUUGGUAGCUAGGAAACAGAGGGUAUUUAAAUAAUAAGCAGUGAUACGGCUAUACUGAUUUUAGUGAGAAUAGGCACCAAAUAAAGUGGCUGAGAUAGAGUUAAAGAAAAUCAGAAGAGUGAGAUCUAGACUAUUCAAAUGACAGCAUAGAGCUGCAGGUGGCAUAAUUAUAUGAACCCAGCUUUUUUUGUCUGACCAAAACCAGCCAAAACAGUGGGCCUAAUUAGAAUAUUGCUAACAGGAAAUAGUAGACAUUCUCCUCCAUUGGUAAUGAUGCUGCCUAUUAUGAGACAAAUGGAGUGCAAGUCUGAAUAUUUUUGAAUAUUAGUAUCAUCAUUAAGCAGUCUAACAGAUUUUCAAGAUCUGCUUUUUAUCAUCAUUCAUAAAUUCAGCAAAGUGCCCAGGUAAGAGCUACGAAUGAAUGCCAAACUAUGUUAGCCAUUUUAAAAAUUCUUUGCCAUUUAUAAGACCUUGUUUUUUUAAAGACCUUCAUUAUUUAACAUUCAUAUAUAUAUAUACAAACAUUAUCCUUUUUGUUAAUACUAGAGAACUUGGUUGAUGAAGCGCUUUAUACAAUGUUAAAUUAAAACAUAUUUUAGGGUGAGGACACAUGCUUUGUUUUUAUUUUUAAGUAGGCCAAGAUUCGAAGGUUUUUUUUUCUUCAAACUAAGAGGAGAUGGGUACUACUUACCAAAUAAAGCAUCAUCCAAAAACGUACAUGUUGACGUUAGUAAAUGUCACAGAGCAUACCCUGUUGUAAAGGCACUUAAUGAAGGGUUAGUAUUUUAGUAUCUGCCAGUUCUGAGGUAGAUGGGACUGACUUCCUUCUACAUUGUGAUUUAGAUUUUAAACCUACUCUCCUGCAAGUUCUGUUCUUCCCAGAGAAAGGUAAACUAGGGCUCCAGAUUUUAGCACUUAACCCCACUUUGACAUUUUUGCCAUACCCUGCCCACCACAUUUGACAAGGAGGCAGGGCUAAAGACAGGAACAAGAAGUUAAAUGAAGAAAUUUUCAUUAAAUCAUUAGUGGUGUGAAGUACAUUUUCAGAAGGUAUGUUUUGGUUUUCUGUAUUUAUGUCACCAAAACUGGGCUAACUUCAAAAGAAGGAAAGUUGCUAUACAUUGACAACUGAAAUCUAAUUCUACUCAUUAUGCUCUCAGAAUAUUGUUCAUAGUAGAACCUACUGUUCAUUAGAUGUUAUCUUUGUAUUCUUGCCAGCUGUGUUUCAGAGCACUUACUUGCACACACACGGUCUUUUUGAGACGGGGGAGAAAAGACCUGAGAUUGGCAGAAUGACAGGAUGAGAAGUACAUGAGGAAGACCUGGCACAGAGAGGCCGAAUAGGGACAGAAGGACCCCAAAGUCUCACUACAGGAUAACGGCACCACCACCAUUUAGAUCUGGCCAAAGCCUGAUCCCAUCUAGGACUACAUUUAUCUUGCUAAGAAUCUGUCAAAUUUGUAUCAGUUUUCUUUUUCAUUCCCUCCAAGUAAAUAGUCCUGUUAUUUGUAAAAUGGUCACCUCUGCCAGUUUUAAAAAGAAUUCUGGUGUCAUGUUUGUAUGUGGGGGCACAGGGGCAAUUAUAAAACCUAAGCUUAUAAUCUAAGGGAGUAAGAAUGAAGUCCUUACAGAAAGAACACUGUAUAAGCAAAUCUGUUGAAACUUGCAUAGAACGUGGUGCCCUGAGUGCCCCCCACCCCUGCCAGGUGCAAGAGCAUUUUAGACAUUUAGUUGAACAAAUAAACCUUGAGGAAAUAGCCCUAGAUUUGAUUACGAAUAUGUGAUGUACAUCUUUGCCCAACAAGAGAAAUGCAUUCAUGAAACUUGUUUAAAGUACAAAAUUACUUUCCUAAGCCAGGUCUUAGGAUAAUCGUGGGUUUUUUUCCUUUAGAUAACUUUGUUUUGUUUGGAGACAUGUAAGUUGUAUUUUACUUAGGCAGAGAGAAACAAAUCUAGUUCAUAUGAAAACUAGUCUAUAUAUAAGUUAGUGGAUGUGAUUCCUACUAAAUCUUGAGUAUCCAGAAAUUUCCAUUAAAGUAAUGCUGGUAAAGCCUCUCUGUGGACAAAACUAACGCACUGCUUCUGAUGCUCGUGGCCUCACAAAGGAGUAAAAAGCAAGUGUGCCACAGGUGUUGCCAUUGCAGUUUGACUGUUAACUGGUGUGUUUGGUCCCAUACCCUCAUCCCUUACCAAAGGCACAAUGGUGAGCAACUGUGGGAAAACUCCCAAACUUAAAAUGCAUUAAAAUCCUAACAAAUAAACUUGGAUCAGUCAGCACUCAGGAACAUACCCAAUAUGUAAGUAGAAGCAAGGAAAAAAGCAAAACCAUUCACACAUUCUGUGUACACAUCGGUUCUCUACCUAGCUGUUGAAUUAAUUUCAACCUUACACAUUAAGUUGCCUAAUCCUUCCAGCUCACUGUGAAGUUCAAGGUUCAUGAAGUAGAAAUGUAAGACAUUUGUUUAUGAAAGCUCAUCCUUUAAGAACAUUUAAAUAGUUUCAUAAGUAGAAAUCAAAAUUUUUAAAAUGUAUUAUAUCCACAGGGCUAAGUAGUUAAAAUCAGGAGAAAUAAUGUAGAAGUAGGAUAAUUAUAUCAUACAAUUCUCUAAAAUUUGUUAACUGGCAUGUAUCAACCAAGUAUAAAUCAAGUAGGAGAGCUCUUCCUCCAUUCUCUUACAUUCUAUGUCAUUGUCCUAUGUUUGGUUUUAAGAAGAAAUUUCCAAACUAUAUGUUACUCUGUUGAAAUGGGUAAUACGUCAAUGUAAUAAGCUAUAUAAAAUUUUUUAAAUUGUUAAAAUUGCUGGGAUAGAUUUCUGUUGCAGGUCAUGCUCAGUUCUGUUGCCUUAAGAUUGCUUUUAAAAAUUCACUGUGAUUUGCUAUAGAGAAUAUGAUGCCAUCAAAUGGCAAGAUGUUUAAUGUGAAGUUGGUCAUUGUUGGGGUGCCUUGCUGGCACAGUUGGAAGAGCAUGCGACUCUCGAUCUCAGAGUCACGGGGUCAAGCCCCA